AUGAAACCUCUUGGGAUCACUGAAGAGCAAAUUAGACUGAGAACCUUCCCGUUCUCUCUCAAAGAUGCAGCUAAAGAUUGGCUGUACUACCUACCAGCAGGUAGUAUUACCACGUGGGCGCAGCUGAAAAAGAAAUUCUUGGAAAAAUUCUUCCCUGCAUCCCGGGCUGCGAGUUUGAGGAAGGAGAUCUGCGGCAUUAAACAAUACCCCGGUGAGUCCUUGUACGAAUACUGGGAAAGGUUUAACAAGUUGUGCACUAGAUGCCCGCAGCAUCAAAUUAGUGAGCAACUGUUAAUCCAAUACUUCUACGAAGGGCUCCAAUCAACCGAUAGGAGUAUCAUCGACGCUGCAAGUGUGGGAGCACUGGCAAACAAGACACCAAGGGAAGCGUGGGAGCUCAUCGAAGCCAUGGCAGAGAACUCCCAGCAAUUUGGCUCCCGUGAGAGCAACCCUCCCCGUAGAGUCAACGAGGUAGAGACUUCAUCCUUACAGCAGCAACUGUCAGAAUUGACGUCAGUUGUUAGGCAAUUAGCCAUGAGAGACGCACCCCGAGCGAAGAUGUGUGGAAUAUGCACUAGCAUGGACCAUUGCACAGACUCGUGCCCCAUUUUGCAAGAGGACGGGGCGGAACAGGUAAACAUGGUCGGAGGCGUGCCUGCGCCCCGCAGGCAGUACGACCCAUACUCCAAUACGUACAAUCCGGGUUGGAGGGACCAUCCCAAUCUCAGUUAUGGGAACAGGCAACAAAAUGCAUUUCCAAAUCGUCCACCAGGAUUCCACCAGCCAUGGCAACCAAAAUCGCAACCUUCGUCCUCCAACUCAGGAAGUUCUCUGGAGGACCUAGUCAAAAACCUGGCCACGACUACUACCAACCUGGCCACGACUACUACCCAGCUUCAACAGGAGAUCAGAUCCUUAGCCGCGAAUACCGCGCAGCUCCAGCAGGACACCAAAGCUGACAAGAAGGACCAAGACAUUCGAAUAAGCCAACUGGCAAUUGCCAUCAACCGCUUGGAGUCCCACGUUUAUGGGAAACUGCCAUCGCAACCCGAGAUAAAUCCCAGGAAUGUAAGUGCCAUGACGCUGAGGAGUGGCAAGGAACUGGAAGGGCCUAAAGUGGAAAGUUCAAAAAGCAAAAGUGAAGAGGAGAUAGAGAAGGAAAUCGAAGAGGAAGGGCGUAUUCGCAAGGAUCCUAAGGUAACAUUCACUUCUCCGCCCACUAUUAAAUCUAACUUACCUCUUUUUCCUUGCAUGUUGGAAAAGACAAAGAGGGCAGAGAAGGAAAAAGAAAUCCUGGAUGUGUUCCGCAAAGUUCAAGUAAACAUCCCCCUAUUGGACGCGAUCAAGCAGGUACCCAAGUACGCAAAGUUCUUGAAAGACUUGUGCGUUAACAAAAGAAAGCUAAGGGGUGAUGAAAGAGUGAUGGUGGGAGAGAAUGUAUCAGCUGUACUUCAGAGGAAACUCCCACCCAAAUGCGGAGAUCCAGGUAUGUUUGCUAUCCCCUGUAAGAUUGGUCAUUCUAGUAUCAAAAAUGCCAUGAUAGAUUUAUGA